UAGGAGUUGCUCAAAACUUAAUGCAACUUGAAGGUUCGUUAGAUUCAAACAAAAACAAAAAGCAUAAGCUUGAUGACUUGUACCCGGAUCAGGCGUAUUCAGAAUAUGUCUACAGAAUCGUAUCAACCGGCACUGAUUGGUAUUUUUUGAAGUAUACUCCUGAUCAAAUUUUCUGUAGUCAAGCAUCCGAUUAUAUACCUUUAGUAACAACACAGUUAAAUAAUGAUGAGAAUUUGAGGAAGGGAAUUAAAACGGUCCUUGCUGAGAUAGUGUCAGCAAAACCUCAAGCCCCUGAUUUCAAGCCUAUCACUUUUGAAGCCAGACCCGAUCCAGAUCCAUGCCCUAUUUGCAAUAGAAAACAUGGGAAUUAUGGAUUACAUGGUGAAUGGUACCGCGAAAAUAGGAAUCAGCUCCCUUAUGAUCCCGAAUUGUAUUCCCAAGAUAAGUUGGAAUAUUGUCUUACCUGCAACACUUCAA